GACGACGACGACACGGCCGCGUCCCGCCUGGCCCUGGUCGUGGGCCGCAUCGUCGAGGCCUGGCCGCAUCCCGAGAGCGACAAGCUCUUCUGCGAGAAGAUCGACUGCGGCGAGGCCUUCGGGGGCGUGCGGUCCAUCGCGUCGGGCCUCCAGGCCUUCUACAAGGUCGAGGACCUGAAGGACCGCCUCGUCUUAGUCAUCGCGAAUCUGAAGGCCAAGAAGCUCGGCGGCUUCCCGUCCCAGGGCAUGGUGUUGUGCGCGUCGAACGCGGCCCACGACCGGGUCGUCUUCGUGGACCCGCCGGCGGACGCCCGGCCCGGCGACCGCGUCGCCCUCGAGGGCCUCGACAACCCGCCCGCGUCCGACGCGCAGACGGACAAGAAGAAGCUGUUCCUCAAGGCCCAGCCCCACUUC